AUGAGGGGCCAGGGAGACGCAAGCGCCUGCGCACUAGCGUGGCCGCUCCCGGCCGCGUGCGGACAGAAUGUCUGCGCAAGCGCCGGGGCACGGGCGGUUGGCCGGCUCGCUAUAACGCAUGCGUACCAACUACAGGCCAAAGAGGAAGAUAGUGCUGUGUGUCUUUGUCCAGCAAAACCCUCCCCCAGUUAUAUCAAUCUUCAAGCAAAUUCCCCGCCAGCCACUUUCUUGAACAUCCAGACAACAAAGCUGCCUUCAGGAGCUGGCCAGAAGCCCAAGGAAUGCCUAGGACUCCUAGAUUGUAUGUAUGCCAACCUCCAGCUUCAGACCCAGCUUGCUCAACAACAGAUGGCUAUUUUAGAAAACUUGCAAGCAUCCCUAUCACAACUGGACCCUGGGAGGGAGAGCAACGAUUCUCUCCCAGCCUUAUGUUGCAACUUGUUGUUAAAUCACCUGCCCCAAUUCCAUAAAUGAACUGUGGAACAAAGA